AUGGGAGACCUUGAAAAUAACUCUCCGCAUCCAAGGAUAGAGAAGGAUGCCUUCAACAAGAUCACAUUCUUAACAACUGCAGGAUUGUCAGUGUUGGUGUUUCAAGUGUGCCUUCUAGCGGGUCCAUUAUACUCGAAGAAUACUCCAGCUUUUCAAAUUGGCCUCAUUGAAUUGAUCACCCUCAUUGAAGCUUCACAAUUUGCAACAGUCUUUGGCUUUCUUGUCGGCUACAGACCAGUUGUGCUUGUCGGUUUCUCGAUCAGUACCUUAUGGCCCGUUGUGGCGCAGAUGUCGAAACCUUACGAGUCUAAUGCGCUCAAAAACAUUGUCUUCAUCACCAAAUGGCUCUGUGUAAGCGUUAUUCAAGGGAUGGUUUUGACAACCAUACACCACUUCAAAGAUCUCGGCAAACAGAAGUUCUCGGUUAUUGGCCUACUAGGCAUAGCACUUACUUUCGGUGCUAACAUGGCAGUCGUUAUUGCUGUUCCUGUCAAUUGGCUUGCAAUUGUGUUUGGUGCUUACUCUUUGGCAAUGCUUAUUCUCCUGUACUUUACCGUUCCUGAUACUCCUCGCUGGCUCGAGGAAGUAAGCUUCACGAAAUUAUUGCCUCAUAUCAUUGGAUAUUUUGGAAGUGCAUUAGCAACAUUCGUUUGGCUACAGUAUCAAUAUUUGUUCAAAAGCUGGCUCUUUGGCACUUUGUUUCUGGUUGUUUGUUUUGCGGCCGGCAUCUACAGCUUGAUUAUGCUCAAUUACGGAUUCCCAGACAGCUGGAAAGAAGACACAUCAGCAUUCUUGACUACCUAUACUUUGUCAAUGCUCGUGUUUCAAGUGUUUUUCGGAAGUGGUCCUUUAUAUCUGAAGGAUACGGAGCCCAUUGCCAUCACGCUCUACCAAAUGCUCGGCAACGUUGGAUUUUCUGUUUUCAGUAUUUCUAUUGGAUUUCUUGCGGGAUUCAGAGUGGUUACCCUUGUCGGUUUCUUGAUCAUGGCAUUGUGGCCCACAGUGGUGCAGCUUUCAAUAUUGUAUGACUCCGAUGCGUUGAGAAACAUUGGCAUACUCACUCAAUGGCUGCUUGAUUGCGUUUUAGCAGGAAUGACCUACGUGGCGCUUUAUCACUUCAAACAUCUUGGUAAGCGGAAACUCCUUAAAUUCUGUGUGAUAGAAGCGGCGGUGGGUGUCAUUGCAAACUUGGCAAUCCUUAUGUUAGUUCCCUCUAACUGGCUUCCAUGGCUAUUUAGUGCUUAUUGCUGGGCCAUGUUGGUUAUUCUGUACUAUACCGUUCCAGACACCCCUCGCUGGCUCGAAAAUGUGAGCUUGUUAGGAUUGUUACCUCACAUCACAGGCUUCAUGGGAUACAUGCUGACUGCAUUUGUUUGGCUUCAAUACAAGGGCAGUUUUCAGAAUAGGUUAUCUUAUGUUUUGUUUCUGGUUGCCUGCGUUGCAGCGGGGCUUUUCAGUUUCGCCGUUCUUGGGCUAGGAUUCCCACAAAACUGGAAAGAAGAGAGAAGGGCCAGGUUACUGAGACUAGAGGAGAUGAACUCCUGGUUCCGCAUUGAAUAG